CGGCGGAUCUGGGGUGUAGAUGGGAGACGUGCUGGCUGUGGUCAGGUGAUCGGGAUCAGCAGCUGUGUGAGCUCGGUGUCGUUCACCGUCAGACAACGGCAGGCACCGGCGCUGCUUACACGCUUUCUACACCGACACAAACGCCUUCAGGAGCGCUCCGUCAGCGGGAAAAAACAUGGGAGAACAACUGGCUUUACUGCUGCUGGUUCUGUCUGCUUCGACUCUGGCUGCUGAGGUGCCUACAGAUGUUUCUAUGGGCCCCAUGGCAGAGCCCCAGGUAGCCAUGUUUUGUGGCAAACUCAACAUGCACAUCAACGUUCAGACUGGCAAGUGGGAGCCAGACCCAUCGGGCAGCAAGAGCUGCAUUGCCACCAAGGAGGGCAUCCUGCAGUACUGUCAGGAGGUGUACCCAGAAGUCCAGAUUACUAAUGUAGUGGAAGCCAACCAGCCAGUCAGCAUCCAGAACUGGUGCAAGAAGGCACGCAAGCAAUGUCGCAGUCACAUGCACAUCGUGGUGCCCUACCGCUGCCUUGUGGGGGAAUUUGUGAGUGAUGCCCUCCUUGUUCCUGACAAGUGCAAGUUCCUGCAUCAGGAGCGUAUGGACCAGUGUGAGAGCCACCUGCAUUGGCACACAGUGGCAAAGGAGUCCUGUGGAGACCGCACCAUGAAUCUCCAUGACUACGGGAUGCUGUUGCCAUGCGGCAUCGACCGCUUCCGCGGCGUGGAGUUUGUGUGCUGUCCUGCAGAGGAGGAGCGCGACGACAGCCCUGAGCAAGAUGCUGAUGAUUCUGAUGUGUGGUGGGGCGGAGCUGAGGCAGACUACUCUGAGAACAGUAUGGUGCGAGAGCCGGAGCCAGUGGAGCAGCAAGAGGAAGCCAGGCCAUCUGUGGUGGAGGAGGACAAGGAGGAGGAGGAGGAGGUGGCCGAGGAUGAUGACGAGGAGGAGGAGGAGGAAGAGGAGGAGGAGGAGGAUGACAUGUUGGGGAACGACGAAGACGGUGACGGGGAGGAUGAUGAAGAUGCGGUGGGGGAAGAGGAAGAGGGAGACUACGACAUCAUCGACACGCUUCACGACAGCGACGACAGCGAUGAGCCCACCGCCAACAUUGCCAUGACAACAACCACUACCACCACCACUACGGAGUCUGUGGAAGAGGUUGUCAGAGAUGUGUGCUGGGCCAAUGCUGAGACUGGUCCGUGCAGGGCCAUGCUGCCCCGCUGGUACUUUGACCGAGAGGAGGGCCGCUGCGGUCAGUUUAUCUACGGCGGCUGCGGAGGCAACAGGAAUAACUUUGAAUCUGAAGAAUACUGCCUGUCUGUCUGCAGCAGCGUCAUACCCACAGCCACACCCAGCUCCCCUGAUGCAGUGGACCACUACCUGGAGACACCUGCUGAUGAAAAUGAACAUGCCCACUUCCAAAAAGCCAAAGAGAGUCUGGAGGCAAAGCACCGUGAAAGGAUGUCCCAGGUAAUGAGAGAGUGGGAGGAGGCUGAAAGAGAAGCCAAGAAUCUUCCACGUGCUGACAAGAAGGUUGUCAUUCAGCGUUUCCAGGAGAAGGUGGAGGUGUUGGAGCAGGAAGCAGCCAGCGAGCGGCAGCAGCUGGUGGAGACCCACAUGGCCCGAGUGGAGGCUCUGCUCAACGACCGGCGCCGCCUAGCUCUGGAGAGCUACCUGAACGCCCUGCAGAAGGACCUGCCCAGACCUCGCCAUGUCUUCAGCCUGUUGAAGAAGUAUGUGCGUGCCGAGCAAAAGGACAGACAGCACACUCUCAAACACUUCGAACAUGUCCGCAUGGUGGAUCCCAAGAAGGCCGCACAGAUCAGACCCCAGGUGUUGACUCACCUGCGUGUCAUUGAGGAGCGUAUGAACCAGUCUCUGGGACUUCUUUACAAGGUUCCCGGUGUUGCUGAUGACAUCCAGGACCAAGUCGAGCUUCUGCAGAGGGAGCAGGCGGAGAUGGCCCAGCAGCUCGCCAACCUGCAGACCGACGUGAGGGUGAGCUACGGCAACGAUGCACUAAUGCCAGACCAGGAACUGGGAGAUGGCCAGAGCGACCUCUUGGCCCAGGAGGACACACUAGGUCUUGGAGGAGUCGGUUUCAUCCACCCUGAAAGCUUCAACCAGCCCAACACUGAGAACCAGGUUGAGCCAGUGGACUCUCGUCCCAACUUUGACAGAGGAAUUCCUACACGGCCAGUCACUGGAAUGAAGAUGGAUGCUAUUCCUGAGCUCCGGAUGGAGAAGGCAGACAGACAGAGCACUGAAUACGAAGUUCACCAUCAGAAACUGGUCUUCUUUGCAGAGGAUGUGGGCUCCAACAAGGGCGCCAUCAUCGGCCUUAUGGUCGGAGGUGUUGUCAUAGCAACUGUGAUCGUCAUCACUUUGGUGAUGCUGAGGAAGAAGCAGUACACCUCCAUCCACCACGGAGUCAUCGAGGUGGAUGCUGCUGUCACCCCUGAGGAGCGCCACCUGUCCAAGAUGCAGCAGAACGGUUAUGAGAACCCGACCUACAAGUUCUUUGAGCAGAUGCAGAACUGAGGAGAAUGUCACAUGUACACAAACAUACAUACACGCCAUACAUCUCCUCCCCACACAUCACCCACGCCCUGCUCCCCCUCCCUCCCCCAAACCAACCCCAUAUUUCCAAAAGCAGAGUGACUGGAAUAGUCGUUUACGAGUUUAUGAAGCGACUCCAGCCCGGGUUUGUUUCAUUUCUCCUGGGCGGAUACCACGUUUGUUUAUUUUAUUGGAGGCGGAGAUAU